AGCAGCAGCAGCAGCAGCCUCCGUUUGGAUCUCCUCGAGCGGAUGUAAACUGCACGCCAUAUUUAUUUCGAUUGUGGCUCCCCUCUUGUCAUCCAUUUAUCCAUCCUUAUCGUCUUUCUGUAUCGGCUGCUGCUCCCUACAACCUCUGCCUGGCAAUCCGCAAGGGACAGCCUGACACAGCGGAAGACCCCUAAAUUCCAAUUCCCGAACGAAUGCUGUCCUCGACGUAGCAUCAGCAGCAGCAGCGAGCAAUCCUCGAUCCCCGAUCGCCAGGCAAGGCAAGCACCAACCCUGUUGUCACCCCACAUCUCAGAAACACCGUUUGAUUAUUUCCAAGUUGGUCGCGGAGGAACCGAGAUAAGAACCCCCAGUAAUCCUUUCCGUUCCCUCUCUCUUGUUUCCUCUCAGCUGUCCCCCCAAGCUCAGCUCCAAACCAUCAUCGCCCCUCAACCAUAUCUUCGAUGAAUACAAACACUCAAUGACACCACCUGCUCAGAAAUCUCGGGUCGGGAGGUAUGGAGACCAAGAGUAUCUAUAACGCAGCCCGAGACGGGAGACUGUCCCGUCUGAAAUCCCAUUUGGAUCCUAAGACUAUGGAGGAAAGAUGUAAACUUGUCAAGGCCAAAACAAACGGGGCUACUCCCUUGAUCGUGGCCUGCCGUAAUGGACACUUGGAUGUCGUCAGAUACCUAAUUGGCGAAUGCAAUGCCGACAUGGAACAAGUCGGUUCUGUUAUUUUCGACGGGGAGACCAUAGAAGGAGCGCCUCCUUUAUGGUGUGCAGCGGCUGCUGGACACUUGGACAUCGUUCAGUAUCUCAUACAGAAAGGGGCAGGAGUUAACCAAACAACUUUUACCAAUUCCACACCUCUUCGUGCAGCUUGUUUCGAUGGACACAGCGAAAUUGUGAAAUACCUUGUUGCCAAUAAAGCCGAUAUAGAAAUAGCUAAUCGCCAUGGCCAUACCUGCCUCAUGAUCUCAUGCUAUAAGGGCCACAAAGAUAUUGCCGAAUAUUUACUGAAAUUAGGAGCUGAUGUGAACAGAAAAAGUUUGAAAGGUAAUACGGCUCUGCAUGAUUGUGCUGAGUCUGGUAGUUUAGACAUCAUGAAAAUGCUCCUGAAAAACAGUGCCCAAAUGGAAAAAGAUGCCUAUGGUAUGACCCCUUUGUUGGCAGCUGCUGUGGCUGGUUACACCAAAAUGGUUGAGUAUCUCAUAAAUCAGCCGGAUUGUACUCGGUCGGAAAAGAUCGAUGCCCUGGAGCUUCUUGGAGCGACUUAUGUUGAUAAAAAAAGGGACAUGUUAGGUGCAUUAAAGUUUUGGCGCCUUGGUAUGGAUGAAAGAUACAGAUCUCAUUGUGUUGCAAUUCCGAAACCAAUAAACCACUCUCUUAUUGCCGCUUAUGAGAACACGGUUGAAGUGCGAACGCAAAAACAGCUGGACGAUCUAAUAUCUGACCCCGAUGAUAUGAGAAUGCAAGCACUACUUGUUCGAGAACGAAUCCUUGGUCCUGCACACCCAGACACCUCCUAUUACAUCAGAUAUAGAGGAGCCCUUUAUGCAGAUAUGGGCAAUUUUGAUCGCUGUAUAGACUUGUGGAUGUAUGCACUUGAUAUCCAACAGAAAGUGUUGGAGGCAUUAAGUUCUUACACCCAGAGUAGUUUUCUGUCUUUUGCAGAACUUUUCUCUUAUAUGACCAAUGAACACCACCCAGUGCACAAUGUUGCAUUCCGAGAUAUCAUGGAGGUGUUCACUCGUGCCAUUAAAGAACUUCGUAUUGGGCAUGAACUCAUCACCAAAUGUGUUGCUCAGGACUGUGAUGUCAGCUCAUUUAAUCGCCUCUUAGUGAUAAUCCUACACUUGCUGUGUUUAAUAUGUCGGAUACAGAAGCAGAAAGGGUUAUCCGAAGAGGAGGACUAUGUUUUCAAACAGACAGUGUAUCAGCUAGUUCAAAUGUACCCAAAAUGUACAAAAGGCUACACUCUUCUCCAUCUUGCCUGUGCACGGGAAACCACUAAUGUUGGUCGUUACCCAGUUUGCAGUUUUCCGUCCCCCGACGUUGUAAACUUAUUACUAGAAGUAGGUGCUAAUGUCAACGCUACCGAUAGUGAUGGCAACACACCGCUUCACCUAGCAACUAACAAUAAACACUGUCAGUCUGAUGUGAUAAAGUUUCUUCUGCACCGCCAUGCGCACUUAGACAUGCGAAACAACGAAGGUAGAACUCCUGUGCAACUCUUGCGGGGUGUAGCCAUCCACGAUAUAGUAUCACCACUUGACUUCAUUACAUUGCAGUGCAUGGCGGCUCGUAUCAUAAUUAAAUACAAUAUAGAUUAUAAAGGACACGUACCCCUAAAAGAAGAAUCUUUUAUUGAGAUGCAUUAAUAACUUAAUAAAUAACAUGAAUUUGGUAUGAGAAAUUAAAAACAGG